UUCAAAAGAGUGGGGGUCAGGCUUCUCUCGGAUUACUGGUCAUAGCAUUUUCACCGGGAAUUGCACCGCGAAUUGUCAGUUUGUAAAAAUAAACACCAGAGAACGAAACUCAGUUUCGCAUCUUUCCUUGCUUUUACCAUUAAACCACGAUAAGUUAGAACACUUUUUACCUAUAAUGUGGUACCACAAAGAUCCACUGUUGUGCUACAAAUUAUAUCAUGCCCUUAUCCGUGGUAUCAGAGUCCGAAAGAGGUCUGAGCCGCUAUCCUGGACCCGGAUUACAUCAGCACGUUUCACCCACAGCAGUCCAAACGAAAGGAUAGACGAGAGCCGGAUACGAAAUGUGGGCAUACUGGCGCACAUUGAUGCGGGUAAAACGACGACCACAGAGCGGAUGUUGUAUUACGCCGGCCGGACGAACACUCUGGGAGAGGUGCACCACGGUACCACCGUUACCGAUUUCUUGCAACAAGAACGCGAACGCGGAAUAACCAUCUGUAGUGCAGCCGUUUGUUUCGACUGGAAGAACCACCGUAUCAACCUGCUCGAUACCCCGGGUCAUAUUGAUUUCACGAUGGAAGUAGAACAAUCGUUAGGAGCGGUCGACGGUACGGUGAUCAUACUGGACGGUUCGGCCGGAGUCGAAGCACAAACGGUGACCGUGUGGGGGCAAGCGAACCGGCAUCGACUUCCAAGGUUGGUGUUCGUCAACAAAAUGGAUAAAAAGAAUGCAGACUUUGAAGCGUGUCUGUCGGAACUGCGAAGCAAGCUGGGCGCCGUACCGGUACCGUUGCAAAUGCCUAUUAAGCAAGACGGAAAGUUGGUAGGGUUAAUUGAUGUGCUGUCGAUGUCACAAAUCGUUUGGGACCAUAAAAGCAGUGGAAGGACCUACGAAAUAAGCCCCAUCAAAGAUGCGGCCACUGUGGAACGUGUGCGCCAGAAACUUGAAGAGCUAAUCGAUUUGCUCUCCGGAAUUGACGACAACCUAGCUCAAGCCAUCAUCGAUAGCGACAGCAUGGAAAACAUCAAACUAAGCAUCAUACUGGAUGCACUUCGGGCUUGCACCGCCAAACAGCUUGUAGUUCCUGUGCUGCUGGGUUCAUCAUAUAAAAACGUUGGUGUUCAACUUUUAAUGGACGGCAUUUUGAAUUUUCUACCGGCGGCCAAUGAAAGGAAUCAAAUUUAUGAUUACUUUGGCAAGGAAUUUGUCGGUAAGGUAUUCAAAGUAAUUCAUGACAAGCAGCGAGGUCCCAUCUCUUUGAUACGAGCGUUUCGCGGAAGCUUGAAGAAGAACUCCAAGUUCAUAACUGCCGCCGGCCAGACGGAGACUGUACAGCGCAUAUACGAGCCACUGGCUGAUGAGUACCGUGAAAUCGAUUCCUUCUCUGCCGGUAAUAUCGGGCUGUGUGCUGGUCCAAAGAGCACCGUUACCGGUGACCUAGUCAUAGCGAAUGCAUCCGCAUUGAAGAGUGCCCUCAAACGGAUUCAUAAAGAUGACGCCAGUUGCCCAGAAGCAAUCCAAGACGAUGAUUCGCUUUUCCUCGCACAGAAGCUAGGUCUUCAAACCACUGUUCCCGAUGCGGUGUACUUCUGCUCGAUAGAACCACCAUCGGCGAGCCAGCAAACGCAGCUCGAUAAGGCCCUGCGCGAGAUUCAGCGAGAAGAUCCAAGCCUUCGGGUGCGAUUCGAUGAAGCAACGGGGCAAACGGUGCUCGGUGGUAUGGGUCAGCUUCACUUGGAGAUCAUAAAGUCUCGCAUCUUGACGGAGUAUCGCAUCGAUGCUGAUCUAGGCCCACUGCAGAUUGCGUACAAGGAAGCACUGGUAGAGCCCAGCCAGGGUGAAUGGACGGCGGAAAAGGAAAUUGCCGGUAGCAAGCAAUUUGUACAGAUGGCGAUGACGAUCUCACCAAGUGACGACCCCAACGAAGAGCAGAUCGUACUGGAUAACAGCGGAGAAGCGCAAGAAAAUUUGAAACUGGUGCGUCCGAGACAAAUGGCGUUCUUCAGAAAGGGAGCGAUUGCUGCUCUGCAACGUGGCCCAAAACUGGGAGGCCAGCUUGCAAACUGUACCAUUAAGCUGCACGCUUUGACGAUCGGAAAAGGUACCGCGGAUACCUUUAUAAUGGCAGCUGCCGCGCAAUGCAUUGGAAACAUCCUUGCGCAGGCCAAGUGUCGCCUUUUGGAACCGGAUAUGUUUCUAGAAGUCGUGACACCAACCGAGUACGUUACCGCAAUUCUAGCCGAUCUAAGUCGCCGGAGGGCGAAGAUCGAGGAAGUGAUAGCCAAGGGUACGGAUAGUAAGGUGAUAAAAGUUAAUGCUCCUCUGGCGGAACUGGCCGAUUACUCGACCACGUUGCGCACCAUUAGCUCCGGAACGGCCACCGUUUCGAUGGAACCGAAUGGCCACUCACCACUGAACGAUGCUGAAGAAACGUUGGCGUUACAGCGAUCUUUUGGAUUGUAAUAAAAUGUUUAACCGCCGAUCACAUUAAA